AUGGCUCCGUCUCCUGAGGACGGUUAUGCACCUUGGAGUAACUCCGUCGCCGAUGUAUUCAAGCAUUUUGACGUGGACGUCAAGGAGGGGCUGACGGAUGAGAAGGUUGCCGCGCGGCGAGCCCAAUAUGGGUACAACGAAUUGGAGAAGGAAGCCAAGCAGAGCAUUUGGGCAAUGAUUGCCGAGCAGUUUGAAGACACGUUGGUCCGCAUUCUGUUGUUGGCAGCGAUCGUAUCCUUCGGCUUAGCAUGGUUUGAGGAGGACUCGCACGAGGAAGGCAUCCGGGCUUUCAUUGAGCCGCUGGUGAUCUUGUUGAUUUUGGUACUCAACGCGGCGGUGGGCGUGUGGCAAGAAAGCAACGCAGAAUCAGCACUAGAGGCACUGAAAGAACUUCAAACGGAGACGGCGCAUGUUACACGCAACGGAAAGCUGUUGAGCGACCUGCCCGCCCGAGAGCUGCUUCCGGGCGACGUUGUGCACCUGCAUGUGGGUGACAAGGUGCCCGCGGACUGUCGCAUGGUGGCGCUCAAAACCGCAACGGUGCGCGCCGAGCAGGCCAGCCUCACGGGCGAGAGUGUGGCGGUCAAUAAAAGCACGGACCCCGUGGCGGAUCCCAACUGCGAGCUGCAGGCCAAGGAGUGCAUGGUGUUCGCUGGGACGGCCAUCGCCAACGGCAGCUGCACGGCAGUAGUUACAUCUAUCGGGAUGGCGACAGAGAUCGGUAAGAUCCAGGCUCAGAUCAGCGAGGCAGCCAAGGAGGACGAUGACACGCCGCUGAAAAAGAAGCUGAACGAGUUUGGGGAGAUGCUCGCAAAGGUGAUCGCGGCUAUUUGCGUCAUUGUCUGGCUCAUCAAUUACCACCAUUUCCUCACCAUUACUUUCAAGCCCGAGGGCGGCCUCCCGACCUUCAGCUUUAACCUUUCCAAGGCCACGUACUAUUUCAAGAUUGCGGUGGCGCUGGCAGUGGCGGCUAUCCCUGAGGGCCUGCCGGCUGUCAUUACCACGUGUCUGGCGCUAGGUACCCGCACCAUGGCCAAGAAGAAUGCCAUCGUCAGGAAACUGCCCUCCGUGGAAACACUGGGAUGCACCACCGUGAUCUGCUCCGACAAGACCGGCACACUGACCACCAAUCAGAUGAGUGCCGUCGCGCUGACGGCCUUUGAGGGCCCCAACGGCACCAGCAUGCGGCGCUGGGUGGUAGCGGGCCAUACAUACAAUCCCGAUGAGGGCGAGGUGGAGGGCCUGGCGCCUGGGGCCGCACUGGACAAGGCCCUGCAGACCAUCGCGGAGGUGUGCGCCGUCUGCAGCGAGGCCCAGUUGGAGUUCAAGGGCAGCGCCUUCCGGGCCGUGGGUGCCCCCACCGAGGCGGCGCUGCUGGUUCUGGCGGAGAAGCUGGGCCUGCAGGAUCCCAGAGAGACGGCUGCUGCGCGCAAGAAGCGCACUGCCACGCCAGAGGAACACCCUCAGCCGGUCUCCCAGGCCUACCGCGAGCGGGCACCCAUCAAGGCUACCUUGGAGUUUGACCGCGACCGCAAGUCCAUGAGCGUGCUGGUGCGGCCCGCGGGCUCGGCCAAGAACUCGCUGCUGGUCAAGGGAGCGGCUGAGUGCGUCAUUGAGCGCUCCACUAGGAUGAUGCUGCCCGAUGGCCGUAUUGUGCCCCUGACCGACGCCGCGAGGUCCGCCGUGCUGGGCGCCGUGCAAGGCAUGGCGCGUGACGCGCUGCGGUGCCUGGCAAUUGCCGUCAAGCCCGACGUGCCGUCACCGCUUGCCGAGUACAACGGCGACUCGCACCACCCCGCCAUGAAGCUGCUGCGCGACCCGGCCACCUAUGCUAGUGUGGAGUCCGACCUGGUGCUCGUGGGCCUUGCGGGCCUGCAGGACCCGCCGCGCCCCGAAGUUCGGCCCGCUAUUGAGAACUGCAAGCAAGCAGGCAUCCGGGUGAUGGUUAUCACGGGCGACAACAAGGACACCGCAGAGGCUAUCUGCACAAAGAUUGGCGUCUUCCAGCCUGGCGACGACCUCUCCUCCGUCAGCUUUACUGGCCGCGCGUUCGUGGCUCUUCCUCGCGAGCGGCAGUUGGAGCUGCUGGCAGCAGCCCCCGCAAUGUGCUUCAGCCGUGCGGAGCCCCGCCAUAAGCAGGACAUUGUGCGACUGCUGAAGGAGCAGGGCGAGGUGGCGGCCAUGACAGGCGACGGUGUCAACGACGCACCGGCGCUGAAGCUCGCGGACAUUGGCGUUGCCAUGGGCAUUGCGGGCACUGAAGUAGCCAAGGAAGCCUCCGACAUGGUCCUCGCGGACGACAACUUCUCGUCCAUCGUGGCGGCCGUUGCAGAGGGGCGCGCCAUCUACAACAACAUGAAGGCAUUCAUCAGGUACAUGAUCUCUUCCAACAUCGGCGAGGUGGCGUCCAUCUUCCUGACCGCCGCGCUGGGCCUGCCGGAGGGCUUGAUCCCUGUGCAGCUGCUGUGGGUAAACCUGGUGACCGACGGACCUCCUGCCACUGCGCUGGGCUUUAACCCGCCUGACAAGGACAUCAUGAGCCGGCCGCCGCGCCGUGCCAACGACCAGCUCAUCACACCCUGGGUGUUCUUCCGUUACAUGGUCAUUGGCGGCUAUGUGGGCGUUGCGACGGUCGGCGCGUUUGUGUCAUGGUACAUGUUCGACCAUUUUGUGGGCAUCGACCUAUCGCGUGACGGCCACACCACUGUCACAUGGGAGCAGCUCACCAACUGGCAGCAGUGUCGGGAGUGGGGCAACUUCACUGCUGCACCGUACAAGCUGGCAGGCGGCGGGCAGGUGUCCCUCGCGCACCCCUGCGAGUACUUCUCCGUCGGCAAGGCCAAAGCCUCGACUCUGUCUCUGUCCGUUAUUGUCGCCAUCGAGAUGUUCAACGCGCUCAAUGCUCUGUCCGAGGACGGCUCCCUGCUGGCCAUGCCGCCCUGGUCCAACCCCUGGCUCCUCACCGCCAUCUCCGUCUCUGUGGCGCUGCAUUGUGUCAUCCUCUACGUGCCCUUCCUGGCCGACGUUUUCGCAAUCGUGCCGCUGUCCUGGCCGGAAUGGCAGCUGGUGCUGCUCUGGUCAGCGCCUGUGAUUCUGCUGGAUGAGGUGCUCAAGUUCGUGGGCCGGAUCAUUCACGCGCCGCGAUCUCGGGCAGGGCCCAAGGGUGCUGGUGCCACCAGGGACAAGAAGAACAACUGA